AUGCACUUCUCUACCGUCGCUACUUUCCUCACUCUCGCCCUCAGCGUUGCUGCCAUUCCACAGGGCCCCGAAAUCCACCAAUCCAAGAACCGGUGCGAUGGCGGCCACAUUUCCUGCUGUUUCGAGCACUCCGACAUCCAUGCUGAUGGUACCCUAUCUGGUGUCCUUACCCAGGGUGCCCUGACCCCUCUCCUUGGCUCUAAAGAGCAGUCCUGCGCCAAGUGGGAGCUCAUUGAGAACGUCAACCUGCUCGGUUUUACCAAGAAGGGUAACAAGGAUAGUGGUUGCAAGGGCAUUACUGCUUGCUGCCCUGAGGGCAAGGGUUCUUGCCACCCUCUUUAG